AAAGAAAAAUAUCUAAAAAACAAAAAAAAACAAAAAAAUCUGUCGCUCACUGAAUCUCAGAGAGAAUGGUAAGUAUUCCAGUUUCUUCCCAAAGCUUCUCUCCACCUGCUACUACAAGAAGAUGCUCCUUGGUUAGGAUCGACAAGAGAUCUCAUUUGCCUGACACAAUCAGAUGCUGCUGUUCUUCCACAGGGUUUCUUAAGAAUCUUGAGUUAAAAUGUUCCUUAGAGAAUCCCAUUCAAAGCAAGUCUUUGAGAAACCGUUUUGUUUCAGAGUUUGCAACCAUUUUGCUCCUCUCUCAGGCAGGCCAGGGUGUUGCGUUGGAUCUCUCAUCUGGUCAUCAAAACAUUUGCCAACUAGGGAAUGCUUCUGUGGAAGAAAAGAAUCUGACUCUUCCACUUGUAAAUGGUGACCCGGAAACGAUGAUGAUGAUGAUGACGAGAGGCAUGACAGCUAAGAACUUUGACCCAGUUAAGUACUCUGGAAGAUGGUUUGAAGUCGCUUCUCUUAAGCGCGGUUUUGCCGGUCAAGGCCAAGAAGACUGCCAUUGUACUCAGGGCGUAUACACGUUUGAUAUGAAAGAACCAGCCAUAAGGGUAGAUACGUUUUGUGUUCAUGGAAGCCCUGAUGGGUAUAUAACAGGAAUCAGAGGGAAGGUUCAAUGCGUGGCAGAUGAAGAUUUGGAGAAAAGUGAGACUGACUUAGAAAAGCGAGAGAUGAUCAAAGAAAAGUGUUUCCUUCGAUUUCCCACAAUUCCUUUCAUUCCCAAGUUGCCUUAUGAUGUCAUAGCCACUGACUACGACAACUAUGCUCUUGUCUCUGGAGCCAAAGACAAGGGCUUUGUUCAGGUAUACUCAAGAACACCUAACCCAGGACCUGAGUUUAUCGCCAAGUACAAAAACUAUUUGGCACAGUUUGGCUAUGACCCGGAGAAAAUCAAGGAUACUCCACAGGACUGUGAAGUGAUGUCUGAUGGUCAGCUAGCUGCGAUGAUGUCCAUGCCAGGUAUGGAGCAAACUCUGACAAACCAGUUUCCAGAUCUUGGAUUAAGAAAGUCAGUCCAGUUUGAUCCCUUCACAAGUGUGUUUGAAACCUUGAAGAAACUUGUCCCGCUCUAUUUCAAGUAGACCAAGCUUUAUUUGUUCCAAGUUUUUUGAAUUCUUGUGUAGAUCACACUGUCCAUAUGCUUAUACACAAGGCUGAGUGUAUAUACAUCUUCCGGAAUCAAACAAUCUUUUCUGAUAAUAACAAUAUGGUUUU